AUAGGUUUAGGAAAAGAGAGAAACUCCGGAAAGAAGGUUGGCAUUUGUGAAGAGAUGGAUUUGAGCUUCUGGAAAGAAAGAGAUGGUGAACUAGUGAUUGAUGAAGGGAAAACUAGACAACCAUGCUUCCUCAGUCUAGCUACAGGCUAUAGAUCCGCUUCCAAUCUUGUGUUUCUUUUGCUUUGCCUUUACACUUCUCACCCUGUUCCUCGCUUAUUCUCAACUUCCUUAGUUUACGAUCUUCGUCCGGCUCCAUUCUUGUACUUCUUUGCUCUGCCUCCAGCUCCACAUAUUUUCAACAUCCUUAACUCAUUUCGUCACUUGAUCUGAAUUUUCUUCAUGGCGGAAAUUCCAAUACUAAUUCUUGAAUUCAUAAAGUGUGUGGCACCUCCAACACGAAGUUGUGUAGACAAUCACAGAAACUUCAAAGAAAAUGCAAAAGAUUUGGAAGACAAAUUGAGCACUCUUAAUUGCAGAAAACAAGAUGUAGAAACACAACUUCAAACCGAAACACAACUUCAAACCGAGGAUUACUUAGAAAAAGAGGCCAAAGAAGAAGUGAAGAAAUGGCUUCAAGAUGUAGAGAAGAUCAAUGCUGAAAUUCAGGGUGUUUUAGAAAGGCUGCACAAAGCUUCAUGCUUCUCACGAGCUCGCCUUGGAAAACUUGCUCAUAAAAAAAUUGAUGAACUAAAUGCAAUUAUUCAACAAGGUAGUUUUCCUCAAGGACUGGUAGUUAAUAAGCCUGCAACUGCUUUGCCUUUCCCGGUAGAGAAUCUAGAAGGUGAGGUUUCUGUGAAGGAAAGGAUAUGGGGAUACUUGAUAGGCAAUGAAGUCCAAAUGAUUGGAGUUUGUGGCAUCGGGGGUGUUGGGAAGACCACCAUUAUGAAGCAUAUCCAUAAUGAAUUAUUAAAGGGGUCAAAAUUUGAUAAAGUGAUUUGGGUCACUGUCUCAUAUCCACUCAAUGUUGUGAGAUUACAGCAUGAAAUUGCAAAGGCAAUGAAAGAAAAACUGCUAGAGGAUGAUCAUGAUGAGCAAAGACAGUCUUCAAGAUUAAUGCAUCUUAUGGAAAAAGGGAAAUAUGUGUUGAUUUUAGAUGAUGUGUGGGAAAGGUUCACUCUGGAGAGUGUUGGAAUUCCGCCACCAACAUUGGAAAAUGAGUGCAAGCUAGUUAUUACCAGUAGAGAGGUGGAUGUCUGCAAUUUCUUGGGUUGUAAAGUCGUUAAAGUGCAACCUCUUUCCAAGCAAGAGUCUUUGAAUUUGUUCUUAGAUAAGGUGGGCAGGGAAAUUCUACAAAUUCCAGAAUUGGAAGCAAUUUUGAAUCUUAUGGUGGACGAGUGUGCUGGACUUCCUUUGGCAAUUGUUGUAAUAGCUGGAAGCAUGAAAGGAGUAACUGAUGUUCACCAGUGGAGGCAUGCUUUAAAUGAAUUACGUGAUCGCCUAAAGGAUACAACCAAAGGUUCAGGAGAUGAGAUAUUUGAGCGGUUGAAGUUCAGCUAUGAUCGUUUGCAAGAUUCAAAUAUCCAAAAUUGUUUCUUAUCUUGCGCACUAUAUGCUGAAGACUAUCAAAUUAGAAGAGAUGAUCUGGUCGAACAAUGGAUUGAUGAGGGACUUAUUGAAGAAUCAAGGAGAGAAGAAGCAAGAGGAUUGAAGAAGUUGGAGACUUUUCAAGCUCAAUUGUAUGACUUGCAAGACUUGAACAAUUAUGUCAAGUUUGACCAUUUUAAAAGAUUGAGUAAUUACCAGCUUGUGGUUGGACAAGUGGAGGACACCUUUGAUCUUUACAUUCAUUUCUCUAAAGUAAUAAGUUUAGGAGAAUGUGAGAUGGGUGGAGAAGAUAGUGUGGUGCUUCCAGAUGACGUGGAGGAUCUAUGGAUUCAUCAGUGUAGAAAAUUUAGAAGCUUAAGUGAUAUUUAUUCUCCCCAAAAAACAACUGAGUUAAAAUUCUGUUCCAUUUCUGAGUGUGAAGAGAUAGAGUGUGUGGUUGACAUGGUGACGUCAUCAUCAUCUUUCAUUAAUAACCUUGAAUAUCUAUGGCUUUAUAAGUUGCCCAACUUGAGUGUUGUUGCGAACGUGGAGGGAGUAGAAGCAACAUCGCCUCACAUCUUUUCCAAUCUUAAAUUCUUUGUGAUGGAUGAAUGUUCUACAAUGAAGAGGUUGUUUUCAUUUGAGCUGCUGCAAGGCCUCCAAAACUUGGAGCAGAUCACAGUUCAGAAUUGUCAACAAAUGAAGGAAAUAAUAGGCUGGGAAGGAGAAGAGGAAAAUCACGCAGCUGAUACAACUACUACUACUACAUUCACUCUUCCAAAAUUAACACAUUUGGAGUUGGAGAAUUUACCAGAAUUGAAGAGAAUCUGCCCCACAAGAGGAGUAAUAGUUUGUGAUUCUCUCCAAGAAUUAGAAAUAAAGAAAUGUCCAAAGUUGAAGAGUAUUCCCCUGGUAGGGAAUGUACGGCCAUCUCCUCCUGCUGCUCUAAAAAGUAUCUCUAUAAAGCCAAAAGAAUUAUGGGAAUCACUGGAGUGGGACGAUCCCAAUGCCAAAAAUGUCCUUCAACCCUUCGUGCAUUUAUUUUGAGGACUGCAAAUGGAAAGUCUUGCAUAAAAUCAAAUGGCCGAGAUCCAAGACCACGGGUAAGCCUUCUUUUCUUUUCUUAUUAAUGUUCAAACUGCAAUAUUUCACUCUCGUUUCUUUUUUCCCUUUUUUUUUUUUUUAAAUAUCCUUUAUUUUUUUUAAUCAUAUAUUCACCGUCGAACAUUUGAAACCAAAUAUUUUUGUGGUUCAUAUAUAUGAUCGAUCUUUUGGCUGAUGCUUUUAGCCAUCAUUUGAUUCAAUUCUCUCAAAAUCAUUAAUGUUUAAUUAAUUCAUCUUUCAUCUAGUGGGUAAUGGAUCAACAACUAACUAAUCUUGUGUGAAUUGAUUUUUGAUCAAAUUGGUUUUUGUUGUCAUUUAAUUGAUCUAUUGUGAUUUGUAAGAAAGACUGUCAAGUUUAUAUGAUUUUUGAGGGUUGGAGCGCAACAAGUCUAGGAAGAUUUGAGCUUAGUUUUGGUUAUGCACAUCAGGUAUUUGAUGAAAUGCUUGUGUGGAGAUAUGGGUUUGUUUUCUGGAAUGUGUUUGCUAGGAUAGGCUACACUAGCUACAAAGGGUUUAGAAAGAUGGUGUGGGGUAUUUUAGGGUGAUAUGCUACGUAUGUUUUCGAUUUGAGAAUCUUUGUAACGUGUGGAUUAGAUUACUCCCUAAUGCUCAUACUUCUCUUUUACUGAUGAUGAAUGGCUUUGUGGGAUCAUGUUGUGCAGCUUGGGUCUGCAUCUUUGUUCAGCCUGUCAAAAGGAUCUCAUAUUGGAAUGGGCAGGAAAUUAAACCAAAACAAUGGGUCGAUUCCGCACAUCUACUUGACUUGAAUGUUGUCUCAUAAUCUUUGAAAUCUCUAUUUGUUUUUGAAUGCUAGUAUUAUGUAAAACCCGGUUCAUUUCUUGCUUCUUAUUUUCAUUAACUUGUGUGAUGUUGUGGAAGUUACAUUAUAUAGUUAUGUGAUUGUUCUUUGG